AUGUUUGCGCCAGAUGUGUCCCUCUUGCUAAGUCCGACCGAGAUCGACAUCAGCUCCGGCGAUGAUGAGCCAGCUGAGCAACCGCCGCAAGUGCCAAAGGAUGAAGAAGACCUCCCUUUGAGCAUCUUGUUCGCAGACGAGCUUCCUAAGACACCUGGGCCGAGUGCUGGAACACCCGGAAGUGACGGCAGCGAAGUUGUGGAGGUGACCGAAGCGUUGCAAGAACGGUGGCCAAGGAAGGCCUCGCCCCAGAAGGCCUCGCCCCAGAAGGCCUCACCCGAGGCCUCACCCCAGAAGGCCACACCCCAGAAGGCCUCACCCCAGAAGGCCUCACCCAAGAAGGCCUCACCCAAGAAGGCCUCACCCAAGACGGCCUCACCCAAGAAGGCCUCACCCAAGAAGGCCUCACCCCAGGCCAGGAUGCUGCCCGGCAACUCCCCGAAGCCUCGAGGCAGAGGACCCAGCCCAGGAGCAUCCGAGGUGGCAGGCAGCGUGGUUUGCCGCAAAGCAGAGAUCCAUCGCAGAGAAGACAUCAGCAGCCCCCGCGCGCCAAGCACGCCCGCGCGGUCCUUGCGGGCCCUGCAGAGCUUGCCCGAGGCGCUUUCCCCUCGCUCCGCAUCCCAGGGACAGAGCCCACGACAUCUGAGCCCCGGCCCAAAGAGUCCCAAGCCAGCUGCGCCUAAGCCCCCGGCCUUGGCCGGCAAGCGUAAGACCCUUGCCCAGCGCCUGCAGGAAAGGCAGAAGCAAGCAAGGACGGCGAAGAGAGCAGAGGACAAGGAGGCCAGAGCAGCCUCGAGAGCUGUGGCGAAGCAGGCGAAGGUCGAAAAGAUUGAGCAGCUACUGGCAGACACCAUCCGUGGCGACCGCAAGUUCUACGAGAAGCUGCUGUGUUUCGAAGUCAUGGACAUAGAGGAUGUGGCGAAGUGGGUUCACGCGGCGAAUGAAGACCUGCGAUCGGUCGGGCGGAAGCGCAUACGGGACUUCCUUGAGGCCCAGGGCUUCGUAGUUACGCAGCAGCGGAAGAUGCCACAGGAGGUCUUUGCGAAAGCCAUGUUUCGGCCCUUCAGAUGA